AUGAAGCUCUUUGGUCGAACGAUAUUUCCUAUGCUCCCGCCAUAUGGCGCUCACGAUGGCGCCGAUGCUCCUCCUCCGUACACCGACCCUGACAAGCCAACGCCAUAUUUGGGCCUCAAGGCACGCCUAUCGCAAGUUUGGAUCAACCGAUGGACCAUCCUGAUUUUGCUCGUUCUUAUCCGUGUCCUGCUGGCUGUGGCAAGUCUCCAAGGAAACAUGAGCAGCGCGCAAACCCAGGCUCUGUCUGCUUGCAACUCAGUCCAGUCUAUGGGAAGUGCAAUGGCCUCCAUGCCGCACUACAUGGCGCAAGGAGUCAAUGAGCUCACAGCAGAUGGGGUCACAAGUGCCGUCAAUGGCCUGGUUGAUAUCCUGAAUCUGAUAGUCACCGGGGUGGAAGGGCUCGUUGUCUUCUACAUUAACUUCCUCACACAGGUCUAUUUGUGUCUGUUUACCCUGGUAGCCAGAGGAGCCGCUGAGGCGGGCUUAAGUGUCGCUGAGGAUGUGACCAAUUGGCUUAGCAAAGAGCUACCCAGCAUCGGGCAUGAUCUUUCCGAUGCCGUAUCGACUGCUGAAGAUGGCUUGAAUGACCUUAGCAGUGCGCUCAACAACAUCAAAAGCAAGUGCAAUAGCGUUUUCACGAAAAGCCUGUGCAGUGACCUUCCCAACGUGCCCACACUCAACUUUUCGAGUGAAAUCGACGAAUUAGACAACCUUACACUUCCUUCCUCCAUUGACGACGGCAUAAGCAAGGUCAAUUCGACUAUUCCAACAUUCACCCAGGUCAAGAACCUUACCACCACAGCUAUCGAGUAUCCCUUUGAGGAGAUCAAAAAGCUUAUCAAGGAAAACCUCGGCAACUACUCGUUCGACAGUUCUGCCUUUCCGGUUCCCGCCAAGAAGUCCCUUUCGUUCUGCGGCGAGAAUGAUGGAAUCAAUGAAUUCUUUCAAAAGACAGCUGAGGUUAUCGUCGAGGCGCGAAAAGUCGCUAUAGCCGUUCUCAUCGUCAUUGCAGUUCUUGCUUGCUUGCCGAUGGCCUACAUGGAGAUCCACCGCUGGCAUACAGCGAAGGAACGUGCCAAGUUAGUUGGUACGACUCACGAUUCUCUUGAUGUUGUCUACCUUGUUUCUCGUCCGCAUACGUCGUCUUUGGGCAUGAAGAUUGCUUCACGCUUCAACAACAGUCGUCAUCAGAUCUUGGUGCGGUGGAUCGUUGCCUAUGCAACUUCAAUCCCAGCCCUUGUGCUACUGAGUUUGGGUCUAGCCGGUCUCUUCUCCUGUCUCUGCCAGUACCUUAUCCUCAAAGCGGUUGAAAGAGAGGUACCGGAACUUACAGCUGAAGUUACUCAGUUCGCUGAUCUAGUUAUUGAUUCUUUGAACAACGCUUCUGAGCAAUGGGCCCUCGACACUAACCGUGUCAUCAAUUCGACUAAUACGGCGCUCAACAAGGAUCUCUUCGGGUGGGUGAACAUCAGUACGACUGCAUUGAAUAACACUCUCAAUACUUUCAUCGAUAAGUCCAACGAAGUUAUUAACGAAACAUUCGGCGGCACGAUCUUGUAUGGCGCAGUGUCCGGCAUUUUCGACUGCGUCGUCGAACUGAAGGUUGAGAGUGUCCAAAAGGGACUAACCUGGGUUUCUGACCACGCCUAUAUAAGCCUUCCACAACUUCCAAACAAUACCUUCUCAGUCGGAGCUGCUGCUAGCGUCAACUCAGGCGACAGCUUCUUGUCUGACCCUGGCUCGACAACAUCAAACCAGAUCACCGAAGUGGUGAACGAAGUGACCAGCAAGCUCCAAGACACCAUUGAGAUGGAGGCCAAACUAUCUGGCCUCCUCGUUCUCCUGUGGCUUUUGCUCGUGCUGUUCGGUUCUAUUCGCGCGCUGACUUUCUGCUGCAAACGCCAACGUGCCCGAGGUAAUGGUGGCGGUCAAGCAGGUGUAGUUGCAGGUCCCACUGAAUACAUUGACCCUCCCAGCAUGAUGGCUGGAGCAGUUGUUCCCCCCGUUGCUACCUCUUCUUUUUUCGCUCCAGGCACCGCUACACAUGAGCAUGGUGACAACGAGAGAGCUGCUGCUACUGUCGCCGCAGCACACAUUCCAGGCGAGGACAUGCACAAAGAUCCUUUCCUAGAACCCUCAUACGAAUUCCAGGAUCAGAAACUCGGCUUCGCAGGGGAGCGGACUUACUCAUCGGCUGUACAGGCGGACGAUCCAUCUCAUAAGAGCGCUUACGUUGAAUUUGGCGGUGACGAGAAGCGUCACUAG